CCAAACUAAUUUGAAAACCUAGACUAUGGCUCCUCCUACCACCCUCAAUGCUGCUCCACUUGAUAUUGUUGAAGUCAACCAGAAAGGAGUAAAACACCAAUCAGAGCUUGCACCCUACCAAUCCAUUGUGACACCCUCCUCCAUCUCCACAAUCCCUAUCAUCAACCUUCAUGGCCUAGAUGACCCAUCGGCUAAAGCUAGCAUCAUAAAGGCUAUAGAUAAGGCUUGCACCGACUGGGGUCUCUUCUUGGUUGUCAACCAUGGUAUCGAAGAAUCAACAAUAGAGGAGAUGCUUGAAUGUGUCAAGGCUUUCUUUACCCUUCCAUUGGAGGAGAAGAUGAAGUACAUGGCAAGGGAUCUUACCAUUCCUGUGGACUAUAUUUCACAGCCCAACGGCACUUCGCGAGAAGUUCUCCGCCACCAAGGGCGCCCUACUAGUGAUGAGAUCAUUCUCCUUUGGCCCUCAAAACCUUCCAACUAUAAGGAUGCAGCCAAGGCAUUCCUAGAGGCAACAUGGCGACUAGCCAUGAGGCUAGCAAGGGCUAUUUCCAAAGGGCUAGGCAAAGAUGAAGGGUAUGUUGAGGGCACAAUGGAAGAUGGUUUCCAAGCACUUGGGAUGGGUCCACAUACCGAUCAAUGCCACAUGGUGAUACUUACGGACAAUGUAGAUGGGCUGCAAUUAAAGCACAUAGGGAAGUGGGUUACUGUCCCAAAUGUGCCUGGGGCGCUAGUGGUGUUCCUGGGGACAUCCAUGGAGAAAGCGAGCGAGGGAAGGUAUAAGGCCGCAGAGCACCAAGUGAUGGUGAAUGAGAAAACUGCACGGAUCUCCCUUGGCAGUGGGCAAUGGGACUGA